AUGGGAGGGAUCACAAUGGUUUUGGUUGGGAAAAUAGGAAAUGGCAAAAGUGCAACCGCUAAUAGCAUUCUUGGCCGCAGGGCUUUUAAGUCCAAAGCUCGAUCUGGUGGAGUGACAAUUAAAAGCGAAAUCCAAUCGACCAUUUUAAAGGAUGGUCGCAUUGUAAAUGUCAUUGAUAGUCCUGGAUUAUUUGAUCCUAAUGCCACAUUAGAUACGGGGAAGGAGAUAGCGAGAUGCAUGGCAUUGGCUAAGGAUGGGAUCCAUGCGGUGCUCGUAGUUCUCUCUGUAGCAAAUCGGUUUACUGAACAAGAAGCUGGUGUCAUAAAGAGGUUGCAAUCUUUAUUUGGAGAGAAAAUAGCAAGAUACAUGAUCCUAGUUUUCACUAACGGAGAUGCACUUGCCAAUGAUGAUGAGACAUUGGAGGAUUACGUAGAUCAUUCUCCUGAUUGUCUAAAGGAGCUUUUGGAGUUCUGCAAUCACAGGAUGGUUCUUUUUGAUAAUAUAACUAAGGAUGAAGGUAAAAGAGUUGAGCAGGUUCAAUUGUUGUUAGACUUAGUUGAUGUCAUCACAGCAGAGAAUGGUGGACGACCUUGUUCGGAUGAGAUUUUCGACGAACUCAAGAAGAAAGAGUUUGAAUCAGUAGAAGGGCAUUCUGUUCAUGAUACUUCAGCAUUUACUGAACAACUGGAUAAAUCACAUGCCGGGCAGCUUCAGCUGAGAACUGAGAUGGUGGAGAAGAAAACCACUGAAAAUCUUGAAAGGCAGCUUGCCUCGGAGCAAAAUGCAGGGAUGGAAGCUGAGAAGCACGCCCAAGCUGAGCAAAUGAGAUUGAAGAGGACCAAAUGAGAUUGAAGGAUGAAGAGGCCUUUGAAGGCUGUUAGGCUUUUGACUGAAGUGCGCCGAAAUAGAGCUGAAAGUGGAGGCCCAGAUGAUGAUGAUGAUGAUGAUUAUUAUGAAAUGAUAUUCUAGUCUUGCUUGUUUACUUCCCUACUUCUACUUUCUAAAUAGAAAUAGUGCAUCAUGUAAUGCAUUUUCGGACUAUCAAUUUUUGAAGUGUUAAAUUUUAUAAUUA